UCACAUGCUUGCGCUAUAGUCAUUAAGUUUGACAUCGGUCGCUGACAAGACUUGCGACACACACACAUAGAAUCUCUUUUAUAUUAAAUAUUUGCACUCUUAAAAAUAAUAAUAAAAAUAUACACAGUUCGUGCGAUACACACAUGAAUCAAUCGACAUGCGAGUCUUGAUUCUCGUUGCGGUAACGGCAGUGAUUGUUGAAGCAUACGUAAGCAGAAAUGGCGCGGUUUCUUUCACCACAGACGUCACGUCUUAUCGCAAACUUCGUCCACGGAAUUUCCUUCUCGGUCCGCCAUUCGUCGACGAGAUGAUCGGUCAGCAAAUUCCGUCGCAUUCGCCAGCGGUAGAUCAGACUAUCAGCCAGCAGACUCUUCAAGACGUACCUUUGAGAGAUCGAACGGUCUAUCCGUUCGAAUUUCCAAUUCUUCGUCAUCAGCCAUUCAAACAAAAUGCCGUCAGGGCGACGACGUUCGGUCAACCGUUGUUCAGAGACACGUUAUCGAGAAAUCAGGAUGCACGUGGACAACGAGCAAUCGUCCAAGACGAUUUUUUUGUAGGAGGACGAGGCACGUCGCUCGCGUCGGACGAAAUCUUCGAGGAACAAGCGUCGACGUAUCGAAUGCCGCUCAAAGAGCAGCAGUUUACGAACGUAAACGCCGAAGCGGUAUUUAAAAAUUGGCUUCACGAGCAAUCGCUUCCGACUAAACAAGCAUUGUUUCGGAAGCAAGUAGCUUCUGCCGAAGUUCCGUCUAUUUUUAACACGGUCUAUCGAGACAACAACGAACCGAUUGAUUCGUACGGACGACACAAGGAUCUAAUGUCUCGCGGAGAAUCUUGGACAAAAUACGGUAGCCAUGAACACGAAAUGUCAUCCAUGCCGAUGCUUUCGUCUUCCGAACACUUGUUUCUUUCUAACGUCGACGAAGUUGAUUCGUUAGAAGCUUUCAAGAUGAAACUCGGUCCGAUGUUGACGUCGGGAUCGUCGAAAUCGAGCGGCAAAUGUAAUGCGCCGGUUGACAGCUCACCAACUAUAUCUAAUGGCGCUAUAACAACUGUUCCAUCAAUCUCAGUUAGCGCAAACCAAUCCUCGAUUGUAGGUCAUAUCUUAACGAGUUUAACAACCAAGCCCAGCUCGCCUGUCACGACUACGGCAACACCAAUAGCGUUCACCGGAAACACCAUCGGACCGACUUAUUUCCACGCCACUGAAUACGGAGCUGUCUUGACAUCUCUUCCCGCUAAAAGUGAAUUAAAGAGCAACUUAAUGCCGAAAGCGUCAAAGAACAGCAUAACGACUGAUAUUCAAAGUUCCAUGCUGAACUACAUUCUGUCUGAAGAGUACAAGAACGGAUUGAAGAGCGCUCAGAACUCCUUGACAAACUACGCGCUGCCCGAGGGACUUAAACAAGACUGGUCUUUGCAACAAUUCCCACAGCCGGAAGCGUCGUCCGGUUAUGUUCCGCUGUCUCUAAACGGAAAGACGAAUCUCAUUGUACCAAGUCUAUCUGUCGCACCCAUCUCGACCAUUUCGUGGCCGAUGGAAACUAAAGCUGACGUUUCCACGAUGCUGCCAGCAAAAUCCGUAAUGACGUUCGACACAAGUAACAAUUUACCGAUAGGCCUGAAUCUACAUUCAGAUUUCAUGGAGAGCAUACCAAACAGUCUGACUCCGAGUAUAUCUAAUAGUAUAUCUGGAAGCAUAACUGGAAGCAUAUCAACGAGCAUACCUGGUAGCAUGACGCCGGGCAUGCCUGCGAGCAUACCAACUUUGAGCCUUGGGCAAAGUUUACAUCGCGCGGAACAAUUACAGCAAACUCAAGAGGCAAGAAAUCUCUGGUAUCCCGCAGGUUUGCAGCUGCAGCUAGGCGGUUUUGGUGGGAUAAAUUACACGUUACAUGCGAGUAAUCCUGCUGCCAUGAGGCCGAUGGAGCUUGGGAUGGCGGAAACGGGCUUAACUCCGCCAAAAUUACCGACGCAAGCGCACGAACCCGCAUUUGCAAAAGUGAGUUCUCAAGGCGUGAUUGCGAGUUUCGCUUCGCCCGGUACUCAUGUCGCUCGGAAACGCUUCCUUAAUAACGACACGUAAUAUUACUUUGGACGCUUUUAUUAGCUUCGUGUCUGCCGGUUACGACCAGCUUCUCUCCUUUCGUUUCCUCUCCUUUUACCCCGUAUUGACCUGUGCGUUCUCAUCUUAUUCCCCCAUAUGUCACUCUUUGCUAUUUUAUGAUUUCAUAAAAUUUAUUUAGUUUUAUCUUACACCUCCGCUUGAAGCUAUAUAUCGAGCAAACUACUUUAUAUUUCCAUGAGUAAAUUAAGCAGUCUAUGAAACGGAUAUAUAUUUUCGCGUUAUUCGCGCAGAUAAAAUACGCGGGAGUAAGGAGCGAAUAUUAAAAGAACGAAAUUAUAUCUCGCGUCGCUUCGAGGUUUGUCAUUAAUUUUAGCACAUUCAUAUUCUCGUUUUUCCGUGCGCAGCGGGCAACUUGAUAAAUUUAUUAUUCCUUUUAACAGAUCGAAUUUAAUUCAACUUUCGCGAGUUAAACGUCAUUCGUAAUUGAAUGAGCAUUGUAUUAUAAUCGCUCGAAUGAAGCAAUAACUGUUGUAAAAAAAAACAAAACAAAAACA